AGGUUCUCUCUCCUCAGCUGUCCGCUUGCUCCCAGCUCUUACGUCGGCAGCCUUCCAGCGGGAGCGGAAGGGGCGCCUCGGCGAGAGCGACAUGGGGAGCCCUUCCGUCUGCUUGGUUCUUCUGCUGGCGGUGGGCGCGCGCUUCAGCCUCGCGGACCAAGGAUCGGGAUACUCGCCCCUAGAAGAUGAUGAAGAUGUGUAUGCACACAAUAGAUAUAAAGAUACACCGUGGUGCUCUCCUAUCAAGGUGAAAUAUGGCUAUGCAAGCUGCAGAAGCCCUCACGGAGGGUAUUACAAAAACGUCUUGGGAACAAAAUGUGACAUUCGUUGUCAGAAAGGUUAUGAACUGCAUGGUCCUCAGCAGCUUAUUUGCCAGUCAAACAAACGUUGGUCUGGGAAAGUGUUGUGCAAACAAAAACGUUGUCCGACACUUUCGAUGCCAGGUAAUGGAGGAUUCAAGUGUUUAGAUGGUGCAUAUUUUAACUCCAGGUGCGAGUAUUAUUGUUCACCAGGAUAUCAGUUAAAAGGAGACCGAAUAGUACAAUGUAUGGAUAACAAACUUUGGAGUGGAAGACCAGCUUCUUGUGCUGAUAUGGAGCCUCCUAGAAUCCAGUGCCCAAGCAUAAAAGAGAAAACAGCAGAGCCCAAUAAAUUGACCGUCCGAGUGUUCUGGGACACUCCAGAGGGAAGGGACACUGCUGAUGGCAUUUUGACAGAUGUUAUCUUGAAAGGACUACCACCAGGAUCACAUUUUUCAGAGGGAGAUCACAAAAUACACUACACUGUGUUUGACAGAGCUGGGAAUAAGGGAACUUGCAAAUUUUUUGUUAAAGUUAAAGUUAGGCGUUGCGGGAAGCUGAAUGCUCCAGAAAAUGGCUACAUAAAAUGUUCCGGUGAUGGGGAUAAUUAUGGUGCAACUUGUGAAUUUUCCUGCACUGGUGGAUAUGAAUUGCAGGGAAGUCCAGCAAGAGUUUGCCAGUACAAUUUAGGCUGGUCAGGAACGGAGCCAACCUGUACAUCCAUGAACAUUAAUGUUGGUGUGAGGACUGCAGCAGCCCUCCUUGACCAGUUUUAUGAGAAACGGAGGCUGCUCAUUGUAUCCACUCCAACCGCAGCCAAUUACUUCUAUAGAUUACAAUUGGGAAUGCUGCAGCCAGCACUGUGUGGAUUAGAUCUUCGGCACAUUACAGUGAUUGAGUUGGUUGGGGUCUUUCCAGCACAGUUGGGAAGAAUAGGAUUGAGACUGAUGCCUCCUCCCCUGGCUUUACAACUCAGGUUGUUGCUUCGGAUUCCCCACUAUAACUUCAGUAUGGUGGUGAUUGAUAAACAUGGUGUGGACAAAGAACGAUAUCCUUUCCCAGCAACUCCUGCUGAGCUGUUUGCUCUCAUUGAUACUUUCCCUUUGAGAAAAGAAGAGAUGAAAUUGCAAGCAGAAGCUGGCCAGUCCUGUCCCUGAGUUUGGAUUACAGCCAUUCAUAUGGCACUCCUUUACUGCCUACAUUUCUUUUUGGUGCUACAAGCAUGGAAUUAUGGAGGUCACUGAUGUACAAUUCUUUUUUUAAAUGAAUAUAUGUUUGUGUUUAGCUUUGUGUGUGUUGGGGGAACUUCUUUUCAUUUAGCGUUAUGAAUGAUGCCUCUUCGUUAUUUCCAGAGAUUUACAAGACCUUCUGUAGAAGAGAAUAAAAGUAUUGAAUUAGUUUGGUUAAGUCUCCAGGAAUACCUUUCACCAUUGCUCCCUUUGUAAAUGUUUUCUUUCCUUUCUAUAGAUCUUUAAUAAAAAAUAUUGUUUUGCAGUU